AUGUUCAAAUUCGUGUCCGACGACGUUGGCGGCGUAGGGGCCAAGCGUAAAAACUCACGCAAGACUUGCGAGUCGUGCAAAAAGCGCCAUAAACGCUGUACGCACACGGACGGAUCACAGAACAGUGGCCCGGCCCGAUCCCCGGGCUUGUCAUCGACAGUGUCAUCGAUAGCCAACACGGGCAUACAAAAGCCGCCGAGUCAAAUCCCUUCCGGCCCGCAAGCGGCCGUCGAAAGCGAUCCUCGACCAGUACCGGCUGAACUGGCGCGGGCCCGGCAAACACGGAAAUCCUACCUUCGCUUCGUUGGCGACCUUAGCCCCGAGGCGUCCUUCCUAAGCGGAGGACGUAAAGACGAUGGCGGAGGCAAUCAUCCUAGGCAUGCGGACGUAGGAGUCUGGCUUGGAGGGAAGCCCGAGGAAACGCAUGCGACAGAUGACGUAGGAGAAUCCGGCCCGUCUGCAAGGCAUCGCGACGGCCCUCUUUCGCAGCCGUCGGGCCUCUCCUGCCUCAAGACGCUGUCGGCUCAUCUACGAAAGGAAUGUCUGUCUGUUCUGCCUCCGGAAUACGAGUUCACGUUCAUAUCGGAGUUAUACUACGCCAAGUUUGAUCCCAUAUACCCCAUUCUACACCGAGAAGUUCUCGAGCAAUACAAUCCGAUGGAGGCGACUGCUCUCAAACAGUGUAUAUGUCUUGUCGCUUCCCUGGACCCUGCUCUAAAGGGACAGCUGCGACUACCUCACACAGAGCGAAUCCUCCCUCAGACUGAAUUUCGAGCAUGCGUGGCUGCUGCAAUAAAGCAGUCGCUGGACAUGGGCUUCAUCCUUGACAGGGUGGUCCUCUUACAAGUGUGCGCGUUGAUGGCCUUUUACGUUGACCGGCCGAGUUGCAGUGAGUUGUCGAGUUAUUACUGCGCCCAGGUUGUUCACCACUCCCAGACCCUGGGCCUGCAUCUCGGUUGGCCGGACGAUAGCAUACAGAGUGAGAAGUCGCAUCGACUCUUUUGGUGCGUAUGGGUACUCGACAGGCUCAACGCGGCGAUCAAUGGCCGUCCGGUGCUUUACCACAGCAGAGACAUGGAUAUGAAGAUUACAGACUCAGUGCCGGAUCAGAUGCCAUCGUUCAGGCUAGUGAUACGGAUCACCGAGCUCCUCGACGAGGCAAUAUCUCGUUACCGCCCCAACCCUGAUAGUGCUGCGGCAUCAGAAGCAGCAGGGGAAGACUUGACAUUUGAGAACCUGGUGCGGGAGACUCAGACUGCAGAAGUCGGUGAUGCUUUGCUUGCCUCCCUUGAGCUGUUCUUCCUGGCGGUGCUCAUACUCCGCAGUCGACCAAAAGCCGAGUAUCAGGGCUCAGUUGCGCGCGGCCCUAGCACGAGUCUUCAAUACUUCUGUGCUUCCAGCAUCGUGUCCAUUGCAUCCGAGGAAUUCAAAUCGUCCAUGACAUUCUGGGUCGCCGUCCCAUACGCGGUCUCGCUGGCAGCCUCGGUUGCAUACAAGACGCUGCGAAACAGCAGCGUGCCCUACCAGCGGAAGAGAGCCUAUGGCUUGUUUCACAGCAGUUGCGAGGUGUUGGAGGAGUUGGGCAAGGGCUUUCUCUCAGCUCGGGCCAUGGCGCGCCUUGCAACUGAUACCUUGCAGCAAGUGGAGCGGGCAGCAGUUGGAAGGAAGAUGGCCAAGACACAGGAAGACUCAGCCAGAACUAGCACUAACGGCAACCUGAGUAGAGGAGAGAACCAUGCGCCGGCCAGGACGCCAGAUGCUCCGGGGUUUGCGACUCUUCGCCCGGCGGCUAGCUCCUCGCAGGCACCUAAUGAAGCAACGGGCGAGCCGUCAGAGUCACAGACGAUGACUGUGAUGAGCUCACAAACGCCAGGGCUGGACGCGACGCUGCUUUCAUUGGAUGCGAAUAGCAACAACACCCUCGACGACUUUAUUGGUGACGCGGGCAUCUUCAACGAUUUUGAUCCAAAUUUCGACCUCAGCCGCAUUGAUGCCAUCUUUUCGGCCAACCUCGACCCAGGGCUGCCGCCGCUUCCAAGCGGACUCUUUGACAUGGACAGCAGUUAUUUCCCAUGA